AGCUCGAACAAGGCGGGGAAGAGCUCAUUCCUUGAAACAGCAGUUGAUGAAUUUGAACAGACACUGGCGUUUUGAGGAAAUUCAGCGUAUCGCGAACUCCUUAAACUUUCCGCAAAGGAGCUGAAUCAGAACAAUUAUUAGAAGAACAGAAUUUCAGGAAAGGGUUCCGGAUCAAACAGCCUUCACGAAGAAAAGGACAAGAGGACAUAGUGAAAUAUCUACAAUGAAAUUCUCUGGGUUAUUAACUGUUCAGGUCUUCCAACUUGCCUCAGUGUUCCAUCUGGAUGUAGUGUGUGGAGGAGAAGUAUUCGCCAGACCAAAUACCAUCACAAAUGUCCCAGCAGGAGAGGAGGUACUGUUCCCUAUUCAGUCCCAAGGCAGAGAAGAUCAGUGCAACAUCACAUUCAAAUCAAGAUUUCCACAGACCUUUGAGAUUUUAGAAUUGAAGUCAAAUAAUCCAGAGAAGCUUCACAUUGUGUACCCACUGUAUCGACACAGAGUUGGAAUCGACAGGAAUUCUGUCAUUUUGUACGAUGCACAGGUUAAUGACACUGGGGAAUAUGAAAUGCACAUUGAUGAUUGUGGAACAAAGUUGAAAAGACAUGACAGAAGUAGUUACAGGAAGCAAGUUUUUGUAUUUCACUUGUUUGUGGUAUGUAAUGAUGCUGUCCUGGCCAGACCUGAUACCAUUACUAACGCUAGAAAAGGGGAACAGGUUCAGUUCCCUAUGCAUCCCGAAGGCAAUGAUUCGUACGAUGUAACGUUUGGAUUGAAAUUUCCACGGGCUUUUAAGAUCUUAACAUGGAAAUCCAGUAAUCCAGAGAAACUGCACAUUGUGCACCCGCUGUACCGGCACAGAGUUGGAAUGCAGAGAGAUUAUGUGGUGCUGAAUGAUGUACAAGUUAUUGACACAGGUGUAUAUGAAAUAUAUGUUGACUAUUAUGGAAUAGUACUGAAAAACCGUGGUCACAGUACGUUCACGUUGCACGUAAUUGAACCAGUUUCCCAUCCUGUGACAGCAAUUUAUGGUAACUGUGUGAAUUCAACAAAUAUCACCUUGGGCUGCUCUGUCUCCAAAGAAUCAAAUAUCAUGAUUUACUGGGAGAAGGUGUCUGUUUCUGGAGUUCUCUGUGAGAUAUAUAAUGGGAGUGUGCUUGUGAUAGACUGUGCAAAUGAAGAGGAACAAUAUGAAUACAGAUGCUUUGUAGAAAAUCCAGUCAGUAACGCAAGCAGCAACCUAGUGACUAUUGGCCCAUAUUACAGGACCAGUACGAAAGAUCAAAGAAUAUAUUUGAUGGUUCUGGUCCCUCUGGCGAUCAUUGUUGUAGUUUCUGCCAGUGUGUGCCUCUGGAAUAUACUGAUUAAAAAGAAAGCCCAGAUUUGAACAAGAAAUAGCAAUUGGAAAUUAAAGGUUGAUCGUGUGUCCCAUCACUUGAAGGAUACCUGUAUUUAUUGUUGUUCAACACUAUCAAAUAGGCCUGGAUUAACACUGUAUGCAUUACUUUCUACCAUUGAAUACAUCACCUGGAGUUUUCAUUGUAAGGAUGAAGGCUCUAUUUUGUAAAAAUGAAUCUUCAGCACAAUUUUAAAAUAUGUUGCUAGAAUGAAACAUUUUUUUCUGAAAUUUUUCCUUUACGUGUAUGCUAAUUAUUGUCAAUAAGUAAUUUUGCAGAUUAAUAAAUGUACACAAAUUUCUAGAUUCAAGACCAUCUUAAAACCACUGCCAUUUUAAUACUAGAAUACUGUUUGAACACUGUGAAAUAUGUGUAUUGAGUGCAACCUUUUUUUACUUGUACAGAUGAGAGAUUUUUGUUUUUUACGAUCUAUAGUUUAACAACACGAAUUUGUUUAGUAUUCAAAGGAAUAACGGGUUGAUUGUCAGUUUGUUUUCUUUAAUAAUUUGUGGGCAUUUGAUAAGACUUUUCAAAAUGAAGACAGUAGGUUUCCUGUGACUGUUACUGAAUAGCUUGGUGGGAUACUGACUAAAUCAGACUAUAAUGUCCUCUGAUUAUAUACCAAAGCUGUGCAGAACCAGACUGGCAAUAAUGGAAUGACUAACUGUUCAGAAAGGAGACCUGCAUUCUACUUAAGCCAAAGAUGGAAUAGAAAUUUUAAUACUUUAUUUGACUG